AUGUUCUACACCAAAAUGCAGUGGCAGUUGUCCUCGCGUUGGGCUGAGUAUUUUGAGGAGUUGUACCAUGUUGACCCAACAACAGUUAACUUAGAUGCAGGGAAUGCCGAGAUCACAAAUCCUGCAGGUCCUCCACCAGUCCCAGCUUCUCCAGAGUCUGACGAUGAGGGUCAGAUUUGCUCGAUAUGCUUUGAACCCUGGUCAAACUCUGGGAACCAUCGCUUGGCUUCCCUGAAGUGUGGCCAUAUGUUUGGGUUUUCAUGUAUUGAACAUUGGCUGAAAGGCCAAGGUAACAAGUGUCCCCAGUGUAAUGCCAAGGCCAGAAAAACGGACAUCAGAGUACUCUAUGCAAAAUCACUGAAAGUUAUAGACACUUCGGAGAAAGAUCGAGUUGUAAAGGAACUGGAGAAAGAAAGAGAAACCAAGAGAAAACUAGAACUGGAACAUGCACAGAUAAAGCUGAAAUAUGAGCUUAAAGCCCAGUUAGUUGUUAAACUUCAAGAAGAAUUAAGGUUGAUAAAAAGUACAGUUGCAGGAAGCAGCUUCAGUAGUUCACAGAGUUUUAGAAGCUCUCAGCCUGGAACUGAUGUGCGCCAGAAAAAGUUUAAACUAGUGAUGUACUCUGUUCUAGAAAUGAUAAAAGAUGGUGGGUGCCGGGUUAUGGCUUUUAAUGAAUGGCUCGCUAUGUUGGUUGUAUCUAUUCCUAGUCAAGUUGCUAUGUUUCCUGGAUGUGGUGUAAAAAAGAUAAAUGUACUAGAAAUGAAAUCUGAAAGAUAUGUACCCAUUCAUCAAAAACAAAUAAGAGAUUUGGCUUUUAACCCUGCAAAAAAUGAUUUGCUUUUGUCCGUAGCUAUGGAUAAACUUGUGAAAAUAACCAAUAUCUGCAACAAUACAACAGUGGGAUCAUAUUCUGCCGAUGCACCAUUAUGGAGUUGUUGUUGGAAUGCAGAUAAUGUUAACCAGUUCUUUGUGGGCACUGCAACAGGGUCUUUGCUACAAUACGACACAUGCAACACAAAUGGACCAAAGAGUGUCACCAAGAUCUCUGGGUCAGGACCAGUGGUAUCCAUGUGUUACAUACCAUACAAAGCAAGUGCAAAUUUCAACUCUGGAGGACUUCUAGUAGCACGUUUGCAGUCAGUGUCAUUUGUAGAAUUUAAGGAUGACAGAGUUAUAGACCAUGUAUUACCAUUUGAGGGACCAUUCACCUCUGUUUCCUUUGAAAAUCAAAACCGGCACAUACUGAUUUCUUGUAGACCAAGUCAACGAUAUCCCCAUGCCAGACAUUUGGUGUGUGAGCUACAGUGUGUUAAUAUUAACAAUGAUGAUCCAACAAGGACUAGAGUGGUCACAGGAAACAUUAUUCACACUUUUAAAGGAGGAACUACUCAGAGACUCUUGACUCGCUCAGUCAUCUUGAGUAAUCCACUUGAGCCCAGUAGUGUCCUUGUCUGUGCCAAUGAUGAGUCAACACAGAGUACGUGUAUAUGGGAUCUUUCUUCUCUUUCCUGUGUACAACAGCUCAAGGGUUCAGAAAAUGUGAUUGAUAUUCAAGCAGUACACAGUAACCAACAUUCAUAUUUGGCAUUAUUAACUGAAAAAUCUGUCAGAAUGUAUAAGUGGGUGGAUUUAUUAUAAAAUAUUGGUCUUCCAGUGUCCUUGCCUGUGCUACUUAGGGAGUAAUUUAAUCAUUUAAAAUGAAAUAUAUUGAUAUUGUUUUCAACUUUUGUCUAAUACAAAGAUGAUUUAGGGCUAUGUGCUUGAAGGUUUCUUUGAUGUAUUUCAUGAAAAUGAUAGUAUGAGCUUUCCUACAAGGCUUGCUUCUAGACAGAAAGAUAGUAUGCACACAAAUAGGCAGGAUUAAGUUACUGAGAACAGCCUGAAUAAUGACACAAAAUCCUUAUAGUAUUGGCAUCCACUGUCUGUAUUGUACAUGUGUAUUAUAUUUUUUUACACAGCAUAUUCCGGAAGUUUACGGUACCCAGCAAAUCAUACAGUGGAAAAAGCUGGAUGUUGUGGGUAGCAUCUCUUGCUAAUGUGUCCUUUCUGCUCAUAUAUAUGUAUGGUUAUGUAUUCUUAGAAAAUACUGUACAGAAUAAGUUCAAAAUCCUUUAACUUUUGUAUUGCAUUUUUAAAAUAAUAAAAAUUACUGUAUUUAA